AUGUCAGUAAUUUUGCAGUUUAAUUGCUUGACGCAGAACGAAACUGCGAAAAAAGCAAUGGAGAGCUACAUUGGAAUCUUGCAAAAAGCAUUUGAACAUUAUCAAAAUUUAUGGGAAGAUUACAUAAAAUUGCAGGAAAAGUAUAAACAGUGUAAUGCAGUGCAUUCUUCAUCUCAAGUGACGAUCGAUACAAAAAUAAAAAAUGAAGUGACGUCGCAACAAUCAAGUAACGCUGAGAUACGAGAGAAUGGUAGUACUCCAUUAUUGAGAUUAAAUACAAAUUCGAUUGAUUGUAACUCUGAUAUAGGACCUAGUCUGUCAGAUACAAUAAAUGAAUUUUUGCACCAAGAUACCGACGAAAAUAAUCGACCAGAAAGUCCAGUAUUCUCUAAAAUAUUUCCAAGAACUGGCAGCAAGUCUGCAAAAAAAUUGUGUUCAUCUAAAAUACUAUACAGUGACUCAACUCCAGAUAUGAAGACACAUCAUAGUGAAAAAGUUGCUUCAAAGUAUAAUCACAAAUUAGAAAUUAGUACAACACAUCAUGUGGAAACCACACUUUUGCCGGAUGGAAAGAGAUUGAAGCAAUCUCGACUUGCAUUUCAUCCAGUCAAAAGUAACCAAAAUAUGAUAUUAGCUUCAAAUAUAGAUGAACAUAAGCCAGCUAGUCGAUUGCAUAAUGUCGAACAGAAUUUUACCGAAGAAAUCUCUAAUGUAAACGCAAACAUUACUGAAAAAGAUACUAUAAAAAAUAUUGAAAUUUCCGAAGAUGUGAUAGAUGUUAGUCCUACGCAGAGAAAUAUUACAUCUAAAGUCAAACGACGUUUAAAACUCAAAAGGAAAAUUCCUUCAAAGACUUUAAUAAAAAGUUCUCCAAGUAAAAAUAAAUAUCUUGAUCAUAGACCUGGUUCUAGUGUUGUUCCAGAGAUAAUAGAUGUAGAUUUUGGAUUAUGCCCUUCGCCAAAACAUACUUCUACACAAAUAGAUGAUGAUAAAUCCUUAAUGUAUACUGCAGCUAAUACAUUGAAAGAUAAAGUUAGCAGAAAUUGUCUUUCACCAAUAAAAAUGUAUAACAAAACUAAUACUCAUAUUGAAAAUUCAAAUGAAGGUCAAAAGGAAGAUCCAUUAUUAAUAAAUAAAGUAGCAAAUCUUAAUAAUAUAAAAGACUUUGCCUAUGAAGACAAAACUUUUUAUUUUCCAACAGCUGCAAAGAAAAAUGACAUGAAUAAUUUAAACGAUGAAACACAUUUACACGAUUCAGAAAACAAGCCACCUGAAAAAAAGUCAAAUAAAUUUAAUGUAUUUUCAAAAAGAAAGGCAGAUGUUUCAAAACAACUCAAUAUGCGAUGUAAAGCUGAUAGAGAAAGAUUAAAUGGUUUGGAUUGCUGGGAAUGUAAAAAAUACUAUCAGAAUUUAUCACUUUCAAAAGAAGAAUUCCAAAAACGAUUGAACCAAUGCUCACGACAUCGACAUAAGUAUGAGAGGCCAAAUACACCAGAAGGUUUUUGGGAUCCGGAAUUUCCUGAGACGUUGUCAUGCACUUAUCGACAAAAAGAAAAUUGAAGUAUAAGUACAUAUGUUUCAUCAUUUAAAUCUAAUUCUCAAGGUUUCAAUGUGACUUGCAGUAAAAAUCAUAAUAAUAUAGUGCACAAUGAAAAACAAAAAAGUUAGUUAAAGUGGCCUUAUAA